ACAGCAGCAUGGGCACUCGUGUGUACGUGGGCGGCCUUCCGCGCGACGCCACCUCGCGCGAGAUCCAGGACGGCUUCAACCGCUACGGCCACGUGUCCAACAUCUGGGUGGCGCGCAACCCGCCCGGCUUCGCUUUCGUGGACUUCGAAGACCCGCGUGACGCUGACGACGCCAUUCGCUCCAUGGACGGCCGCGACUUCCUGGGCGGACGCAUUCGUGUUGAGCUCGCUCGUGGUGGCAGCCGCCGUGACGGUGGCGGCCGUCGCGGUGACGACGACCGUGGUGGCUACGGCGGCCGCGGUGGCGACCGUUUCGACCGUGGUCGCAACCCGCCCCAGCGCACUGACUACCGUGUGCGUGUGACUGACCUGCCGCGCGACGUGGACUGGCGCAACGUUAAGGACUUCCUCCGCACGGGCGGCGAGGUCACGUACUGCAACAUCGAGGCUGAUGGCUCGGCCAUCGCUGAGUUCCAGACCAAGGACGACAUGGAGGAUGCUAUCAAGAAGCUGGACGACACGGAGUUCCG